UUUUUAAACUAUCUGAAAAUGGAGAGGGGUCAGGAGAAAGGCACUGAGAAGCAGGUGGAAACGGCAGAGAUGGGGUGGUUAGCCAAAACGAGAUCCUUCUUGGAGAUUCCAAACCCGGCGAUCGUCAAAGUUUCGGUGAUUAGCAGCUCAGCUACGUUCACAUCAGGAAUUGCCUUUGCCUUUGAAUGGUUAUUUCACGGCAGGAGCCACAUUGGAUUCGGGUGGAUCAUCUACUACGCAUUGUUCUUGAUCUCUCUUCCUCUUCUCCUCUUGAUUGGUCUCCGUAUCCUCAUGGCCAUCUCUUGCUCUAGCCGCGGCUCUUCUAGUCAGAUUGUAGACUCAAUCGCAGCAGCAGCAGCCAAAGAACCGUGUGCUGAGGAGGCGCAGCAAACUGAAGAAACGGAGAAAAACAGUUGCCGGAGUUUAGCUGUUGUAGUUGAUUCUGAUGAAAGAAAGAUGAACAGAGACGAGAAAACUCUAAAACGCGCCGUUUCAUUCCCUUCUCAUGGCAAAGUAAGAUCAUGUCGUACUCGUUAA